CUUCAAUAUAACUUUAAAUUAGCUAAAGUUAUUUUAUUUAUUUAUAAUGGCUUCGAAUUCUAUAAUGUCUGAGAAGAAAAUUAGAAAAGAAAAGGAAAUUUUACUGGAAUUCGAUCUAAAUAGCAAAGAUUUAAGGACCCAAUUGAAUGAGCAACUCAAAUGCUUGGAUUUGAAAGUCGAAACGGAAUUCGCCAUUUUAUCGGAGAUUCAGGAUUUUUUCAAGAAAAGAUCCGAGCUGGAAAUGGAAUACUCCAGGAGCCUCGACAAAAUGGUUCGAAAUAUUCAACUAAGACAUCGCAACGAAAAAUCCAAGAGAGACCAUUGGCACCUGUACACACCUUACGCCUGCUGGCAAAAUUUGCUGCAAAGAUGCAAGGAAGAAAGUAAGGACCACUCCGCCAUUUCGGACCUAUACCUAGCAGUCAUAACCCCUCGUAUAUCUCAAAUCAUCGAAGAUAAUCUAAGGAUACACAAACGAUGCAAAGAAAUCGGCCUGAAAUGUCACGAAGAAAUAUUCAAGGUUCUAAACGAACUUAAUACGGCUAUGAAAUCGUAUCACCUAUAUAACACAUCCUUCAAAAUAUCCGAGCAAAAACUUAAAAUGGCCGAGACCCAAAUGAACAAACUGGAAAUCAAGGACAAGAUCUCGACAGCGAAAAAGAAAAUCAUAACUAAGACUGGCAAGAGGCAGGAAAAAUUCAUGGCCAAUAAACUGAAACUGGAUAGGUCAAGGAACGAAUACCUACUGAGCUUAGCGGCUGCUAACACCACGAUCUACAGGUAUUUCCAAGAGGAUGUCAAUGAUUUGAUAGACUGUAGUACAGUAGGCUUUCUUCCAUCCUUGUCGGGGACUUUGCAACUGUACUUACAGGGGGAAGAUAAACUGCUUAAUUCGAGACAGGAAGGUAUGAGAGAUACGCUAAAGGCUAUAAACGAUUUAGACUCCAAAUCUGAUAAGCAGCGAUUUCUGGAACUCUACAACAAUCCAUUCCAACUGCCAAACAAAAUUGGCUUUCGUCAUCACAGAGGCGAUUCGGUAGGAAGCUUUUCAGCUGUCCCAGAAUUUGCCGAGGAGCUCAACACUCGUCAUGCUCAGUUAACUUCUCGCCUGGCGUCUCUCCGAAUCGAGAACGACGAAAUUUGGAAAACUCUAGAAACGGCCGAGGCCUCUCUCUUGGCAAUCAUAUGGGCGGCUUGUCAAUACAACGUUGGGUCGCUCUUCGACAAUAACAGUUAUAACAGUGGGAAUAGUGUUUACCCCUCCCACAUUCAACCGUCGGACGAAGGUUUUCGAUCAGGUGCCGGGGUGACAUCAGCGGUCGCAGCAAUAUCUGGAGGGGCCACCCAUUCGGUUCAUGCAAACGGGAUUAAAUCUUCCUUUUCUGCCGCUUCAAAUUUGGCCUCUUUGUCGUCCAUCGAGGCAUCUGAUCUGUUAGCCUCAAGUGAUAUCACGUCAAUCAUAAAGAAUAAGACUGACAGACAGGAUGUCGAGGAAUUUUAUAUCAAGAAAUUUAAGGAAUAUUUAUUAACCGGUGAUUUGAUUGCUCGCCUUCAAGCUAAAUUCCUCAUGAUUCAUUCCGCCCUGCAGGAACUGCACAAACUUUCGGGUGGCUCGGGAAAUUUCGAGAAAUUCACGCUGCUCACUACAUCCCUGAUCCCCUCGGCCCAUGGCAAAACGCCCAAAAAGAAAAGGGUCAUCGGUCAAGCUGGAAAGGUCAUACCAGCCGGACAGAGGCCUAAAUUGUUUGGCGGUAGCUUGGAAGAAUAUCUAACGGCCACGGGUCAAGACAUUCCACUUAUAAUGCUUAGUACUAUUAGGGUCAUCAACUUAUAUGGAUUGCAUCAUCAAGGGAUAUUUCGAGUGUCCGGAUCUCAAUUGGAAAUCAAUGAGUUCAAGAAUGCUUUUGAAAGAGGCGAAGACCCACUCGUUGAUAUUAAAGAUAGUAGGGACAUGAAUUCUGUGGCGGGAGUGCUUAAACUCUACUUUAGAGAGCUAAGAGAGCCGCUCUUUCCUAUAUGCAUGUUCGAUCAAUUAGUCGCCUUAGGUUCCAAGAUAGCUUCUUCAUCUGGCUCUAAAACAAUUACGUAUCCUAGUCCAUCGGCCGACUAUUUGUACGAGCUUCGAGACCUGAUUGCCACGUUAGCUCGUCCGGUUUAUCUGACUACCAGAUACCUUUUCGCGUUUUUGCACCACCUAUCCCAGUUUAGCGACGAGAAUAUGAUGGAUCCCUACAACUUGGCUGUAUGUUUCGGCCCUACUCUGCUUCCCGUGCCAGCCGAUAGGGAUCAAGUUCAAUGCCAGGCCGGGGUCAACGAACUCAUAAGGGUCAUUAUAAUGUGUCAACAAAAGAUUUUCCCCGUAAACAAGUUGAGUUACGCAUCUCAAAUUAGUAAAGCGACGACAGGAGGAAAGGCGUCCGGAGACAGCGAUAUAAUUCUAGGGGCACCUGGUGAUAAAGAGGUUGGAAGUGGUGAUAAGGAGGACAUAGAAGAUAACGAGGAAGAAAUAAUCAAGGCCAUUGGGGGUUCUAACAAUUACUACAGGAACGAAGGCCCAUUUUACGACGAAUUUUGUCGCUACCCGGUUCAGGGAGAAAACAAUCCGACUGACUUGGACUACUUGGAAGAUUUAGAUUUGGUGGAUAAACAAGAGCUCAAAAAGGAAGCGUCCCUCGAAAGAACCGAGGAUGAACUCGAAAUUGCUCGAGAUAAAAGACUUUUAGACGAUACGGAUCUGAAACUGGGAGCGAGAGAAUCCUUUUCCAUUUCGGAAGAUAACUCUUCUGAUGAGUCACCACCACGUUCUCCUUCUCACGAAGAUGUAAAUGAUAUCAGCGAGGAAGAAGGCAACAGAAAGAAAUCUAGCUUCAUAGGCGAAGGCAGGAGAAGGCGUUCAUCAUUCUCCUUUCUGGGAACCUCGACCGCAAAUUCUUGCAUCGCCGCCGCCGAUAUUUCCGAGAAUCAUAAGGACGGUGUCGAUAUUCUCAGCAAAGACGAUUCUACCGGCCGCCAUAACUCGGCGAGCCAAUUAGCUGUGGCCCGGUUCAAUUUCAAAGCCCGAAACUCCAGCGAAAUUUCUUUCGAGAAAGGGGACAUCUUGAGGCCGCUUUACAAAAUUAGUCCAGAUUGGUGGAAAGUUAGUUUAGUCAAAACUGGUAAUAAAACGGAUAUUAUCAAGAAGGAAGGCCUAGCCCCUCAUCGAUUUCUGUCUCUCGUUAGCGUGGAUACCGAUACCAAAAUCAAACGUGGGGAAACCGGUGAACAUAGAAACACCUUGACUUCGUCUAGAGUUUACAAAUCCCGCGCAAAUAGCGAUACCAACGUGUCGAACCCUCCGGCUCCUUUCCCUAUCCAAAGCAUCAUUUCAAUUCCCGCCGGUCCUCCUAAAAAUGCCCCUCCCUCGCCUCCCUUGACCCUCAAACAAAACCCUGUCAAGCGGCCCAAUAAAAUAACGAAACUCGGGACAUCCCUCAAGGAAACCCUCAAGAGUUCUAAGAGCUUAGCACGUUACAAUGACUCUUCAACGUUGCUAGCAAAGAAAAGCGAUUCUUUCUCUUCCCCUUCUCAACGAUCUACAACGUUACCCUACGGUCAAACCGACAAACAUAAUCACACUCUCGAUACGAUAAAAAAACAUGACAAAAGAAAUAUGGUAACCGAAAUUGCUCCUGCGUUGCGAGGUUACUACUUAUCGGAUAGCGAAUAUUCCAACCCUACGCCAAAUUUGACCAGUCGCAGGAUCACACCCCACCACUCCCCUCCUCUCCUUAAAUCCCUGUACAAGAGCCUAAAACCGGCAUCCAAUUAUCCUUUCCCCGAAAAACGGCCGUUUAGUCCCGAACUUGGCUUUAAAAAACAAGUUAAACCUGUUGGUGAUUAUUGGCUUCCUUAUGAUGGUUCUUCCGAUAGCCCGCCCGUUAUACGGGAUAUAGAUGACGAUGAAAUCCAAGAAUUUUCAAAUAUCGAAACCCGACUCAACGACCCAACUAGCGCCCUAUCCAGCAAACUUCGCACUACCACGGCAUACUUGGAUUACCGACACAGGAUAGACAACACUGAUUCCACAUCUCGAAAUGCCUCAGAUUUUUCGAAUAGCGAAACCCAAAUUUUCGAUAUCAACGAUUACAAAGGUGACGCUAAUAUUAAUAAAGUCGAUAUCCAUAAAAUUAACCACCGGUUAUCUUCGUCUCCUCUCUUCGCCGAUACAAGACACAAGCCCGACAAUUUCAAUGUCCUAUUAAGCGGGUUUCCCGAUUUGGUUAGCGACCUUCCCCGUAAAAUGGGCCAAGAAAAUUUGCCGUCCCCUAAGGCUAAACCUCGCGAUAAACAUAACCUUAACAGCGAAGACACGACCUCUUAUUACAACAUUAAGGCGAACUCAAAUAAGGAAAGAUACGGCCUCCAGAGUGAUAAGGAAUUUAGCUCAUCGGACCCGAGCUUGAUCGACGACAGCCUGCCUCCCCCUGUUACCCAAAUCAUAAAGGGAUUCGAGCGAAAAGUCGAUUUUGGCGAUAAUAGUUCUUCGAUAGGUUCCUUGCCGCUUAUCAAACCCGCUCUUAGGAUAAAGCCGGCUUUCCUCCAAAAAUCUUCCCCAUUUUGCCUCGAUCUAGAACCACGCCCCGGCAGCAAGUCCGAUUACGACAAAAAACGCCAAAAUCAGCAACGGAAUUAGUUCGGAAAACCAAAUACCCCUCUUAAUACCCAUUCGCGUCGUUAAAUUAAGGCAUUCAUAUACCUAACGAUUUUGCUAUUUUAGCACACACUUCCACGUUUUACUUUUUACAAAAAAAAGAUCCACUAUUAAUAACCAAAUAUAAUAGGUUGAGAAAAGGGCAUUCUAAAUGACUAAAAAAAAUAUCCGAAAAUUAAAUAAUUUCUGUUUGUAAACCUUAAAAUAUUAUAUAAAAAUUUGAAUCUCUUCCAAAAAAAUUAAUGAAUUUUUGGGCAUAAUUUGA